AUGUCUUCUAGAGGUGGACGAUUUUCGUCUAGGGGUGGUUCCUCGUACCGUGGUGGUGGUGGUAGAGGAGAGUCCUCUUAUCGGGGUUCACGUGGUGGAAACAGUGGGGGUUAUUCUUCAUCUCGGGGAUAUUCUAGUUCAAGAGGACGAGGAAGUUACUAUCCCAAAUAUGAAAAUUCUAGUUCUAAGUACAGUUCAGAUAGUGGAACAAGAUAUGGCUCUCAUUCACGUAUGGAUGAUUCUUCCUACAGGAAAACAGAAUCAUCAUAUGGAUCUAGUAGAGAUCAUUCUCAUCACAGGUCGGAUGUUGACCUUGGAAGGAAAAGACUAAGAAGUGAUAGUUAUUCUCAAUCUCAGGGAACAACCGGAAGCCGAAGAAGUCACGAAAUAGAAGAUUAUCGUGGCAGUGGAAGUCGUUAUUCGACUUCCAACUCGUAUUCAGAAUCGCGAAGCUAUAGCGAAAACCGUGGAGUUUUCAAGAAGCCACGUAUGUCCGAUUUCAAAUCAAAAGAGGAGUACAGAGGCCGGAAAGAAAUAUCACGGUCCUCUGUACCUGUGUCUAAACUACGGUCAUUUAGAGGACGAUACACCCGCGGACGAGCAAUAUUAAGGCGUGGCGGAGAGAGUUUUCUUGCAAGGAAACGACCUGUUUUUUCCAGCAGCAAAAGUGCUUCUGAAUUGAUUGCUAUCAGGAGAAAAAUGCUGAGAUUGAGGAGGUUUCGCGAUAGGACGAAAGCAAAAGUUUCGGAAGAGAAAAAAAGAGAUGAGAAAACAACGAGUGCUUCAGGUACGUCGUCAUCGACGGCGGCAAACACGUCAAACAGCGACAGCGCGAACGCGGGAACCGUAGAAGAUGGAGAACAGACUGAUAAAAAACAAAGCGAACACGACGAAUCUUACGAAAAGUCUGAUGAGAAAAAAUCGAAAGGGAAAAAGGAUUCGGAUAAUUGCGAUGGCGAAAGCAGCGAAUACAAGGAAAAAGAUAAGCAGAAGAAAUCGGAAGAGAGAUCGGAUUUUUUCAGGAGGCCUUUCAUGAAACUUCAAUGUCCGCAAUGCUCUAUGAAAUGCGUCACUUUCAAACAAUACACUCAACACAUAAGUCAUUCCACUCACAUAAAAGCAAUGAGAGAGAGGAAAGCGGAAGAGUCAAAGGAAGACAAAACAGACGACGAAGAGAAAAAGGAAAAAAAAUCAGACGAGGAAUCGAAUCUCGGAGUUGAAUUCAUUCGUAAGGUCGAAGCGCUUUAUUGCGAAGUUUGCCGAACGUAUUUGCCGCAAUCGUCGGACGAAGAAAGAGCUCUGAGAGUUCAUUGCAGGAGCAACAGUCAUUUCGAUUGUUAUUUUAAAUUCGGAGACGACAAACUCUUGGAAAAGAUUCAGGGUAAAAAAGCCAAGGCGGAGCCUGUGAAACCGGAAGGGGAAAAAGAACAAGUCAACAAAACGGAGGAAAACGCGAAAGAAAAUGAAAAUCACGAAGAUGGCGGCGAAGACGAAGACAAACUAUGGGCAGACGUUUCGGAUUUAUUGAGUCAAGUCGAACCCGAGACGAAAUCGGAUGACGAGGACGAAGAAGAAGGUGGUCGAUUCGAUAGAUUUAAAUCAAACGAGAAAAAAGAAAACGGAGAAGUUAAUUCGUCCGAAGAAGGAGGAGGAGGAGGUGGUGGUGGUGUUGUUGGUGGAGGUGGGGGAGGAGGAGAAGAAAAGGAAAACGUUAGCGGAAAAUCCGCGGAAGAAGUCACAAUUAAAGAAGAAUUAAUACCGAUAUAA